AUGGCGGACGUGAAUGAUCUGAUAGUUACACUGGAUGAAGUGACAGCCGGCAGCAGUACAACUGAUGAUGGCAAAACACAGCAGGAGGAAACUACAUCUGCUAAAGAAGACGUGAGUGGCACCUCUCCAGAACCCCCAUCCAAUGGAAGUCCACCAGGCUCUCUGCAAAGAAGACAAAAGCAAGUUUCCUUCAGUGAUGAAACUACAACAAAUGAUAAACAUACAGAUGGAAAGUUGGAUGAUGAGACUCUCUUGCUGGCUUCCGCUCUAGUGAUGGAUGCCAAAGGAGGACGGACAUUGGAAUACAUUCUUGGAGCCAAAUAUGUCAGGUCUUACAAUUUGUACAACCAAAGAUAUCUCAGAUGGGCACUUUCUUUUUGUAUUGCCCUGGAUCUGGCUCUGGCUGUUUUUGAGAGUCCUUCAGUGCCAGGCUUAUCUGUUCCUUACUGGGGCACAAUGAUUCUGGAGAUUCUCUGCCUGUGUUACUUCACGUUUAGAUUGUUCCACGCCUUUUACUUCCAGUAUUCUAAAGUUUUCUUUAGAGAUGCCAAAAAUGUCAUGGUUUUAUCAGUGAUAAUCCUGACCAUGGUGGACAUGAUCGGUUACAUCAUCUGGAUCAACGUAGCCCCGGACACACACCCCGUGAGGUGGUCAAGACCCUUGAGGCCUUUGUUCAUUAUCAACUUUCCUGCAGGAAAACAGAUUAGACGAGCUUUUCGCAAUAUCCGACGCAGCAUUCCUGACAUCAUGAAUGUUCUUGUGUUGUUUAUACUCAGUGUGCUCAUGUUUGCAUUACUGGCUCUCAAGUUGUUUUAUCGAAGGAACAUGAAGUACCCAAAUGGAGAUUCUUAUUUUAACAACUACUUGGAUUGUGUUUGGGAUCUGUAUGUAUUGGUAACCACUUCAAACAGUCCUGAUGUCAUGAUGCCAGCCUAUGACAGGAAUAGUUGGUCUGCUUUGUUCUUUGUGGUCUACGUCAUUAUUUGUUUGUACAUUUUCAUGAGUAUUGUACUGGCAACAGUAUACAAUAAUUACAAGAAAAAUCUGAAGAAUGAAGUGAAAGAGGCUGUAUUUCUAAAGCGCAAGAAGUUGGCAAGGGCAUUUGACCUUCUAAAAGUUCACCGUGGCAAGGAGGAGAUAAUCACACAUAGCUGCUGGAAAAAGUUGAUGGGCAUUAUCUUGCCUGACAGAUCAGCAGCCUAUACUGACCUGCUUAUGAAGAUUUUAGACAGAAAUAAUAAAAAUGUGUUAGAUAAGAAAGACUUCUUAAAUGUAUCAGACCUCCUGAAUGUUCCACUCACAGAAGUGAAAGACAGAAAGACAUUUCUAGAAAAACAUAUUCCACGGAUUUAUAAUCAUCGCAUCAGUGAAUAUAUCAAGAUUGGAGUUAGACAUAAAUUUUUCCGCUAUAUUUUUGACAUCUUGAUUCUCGUCAAUGCUGUGUUCAUUGCUGUUGAUUUAGACGAUGCUGACUGGUUCUUCCUAUCAAUAUUUGCUGUGGAGAUUAUUUGUAAGUUGUAUACUCUUGGAGGCAAGGAGUUCUUUCAACGUUUUUGGAAUGUGUUUGAUCUUCUAGUGAUUGGAGCAGCGUUUGUGGCGUCCAUAGUUGAAAAAAUCAUUGGUGAUACUGAAGAUGAGCGGAGUAUUUUGGACAUCUUGCUUGUCUUGAGGGUGAUGAGACUGAUCAAGAUAUUUGGCAGCAUUAAAAGGUUUAAAGUGAUUCUUCAAACCCUGAUCAACAUUGGGCCAUCUAUUGUUAUUUAUGGAGGUGUUAUGUUUGUGUUUUACUAUUUCUUUGCCCUAAUUGGGAUUGAAGUAUUUGGUGGAUACAUAAAGUACUAUGGUUACGAUAACCAUGGGGAUAGCACAACUUUGUUCUGUGGAAAUGUCAGAUUAAAUAACUCUGACUUUUAUAAGAAUCGCUACUGCAAAAACAAUUUCAACAAUUUUGCUCAGGCUAUGGUGCUUAUAUUAUUCCUUAACUUUGCUGCACUCAUUACCUCCGGAUUUGUUCUUGUCACCAACAAAGCCGCUCGAAUAUAUUUCUAUGCCUUCCAUGUCUGCUGUGUUGUCAUUGUUUUGAAUAUCUUCACUGCUUUCAUCCUGGAAGCGUUUAUACUGGAAUUCUCACUACAAACUGUACCUAAACUUGAAACUGUGAUCGAGGCCAAAAUUAAGGAGCUGGGUUUGGGUAUUGGAAUGAAACCAAAAUCUAAGCACAUUCAAGGGCCUUCUGGCGAUAAGAUUGAGUUAAUUGAUGAUGAGCUUUUCUCUGAACAACCAGAUGAAACUGAAACUAAUAAAACUGGAGAUAAUGACCAUGACUCGGACACAGAUAGUCUACCGGAUCUUUCCAAAGAAAGAGGUCUGAAGUUUCAUCUUAAGAAGCAAAGUCGUAAAAAAGUGGAAGUCCUUCUCCAACAAAUGUUUCAAGGUGAGCUGGGUGAUUCAGAAGAAGGUCCCACAAGCACUGAUGAAGUUGAAGGUCUACAGCGGACUCGGAGGCUGACAUUGGAAGAAAUAACAUAG